CUACAUAAUCAAGAGAUACAGCAUGAAUCACCUCCUUCUGAUGGUUGCUUUGGGGCUUGCAGGAGCAUCCCCCCUGCAGGACUACAAGAUGUGCCAGCCUCACUCUAGACCCUGGCAGGUCCAUCUGCAUGGUGGAGGAGUAUCCUGCAGUGGAGCUCUUAUCGAUGAGUGGUGGCUUGUAACCUCCUUUGACUGCGCACCCAGAUCCUACAGUACCAUUGCAUCUCUUGGGGAACAUGAUGUGACAGUGGAGGAGGGCACUGAGCAACACAUUCAUGUUGCUGAUGUAAUCCGUCACAGCCCCUACCGCUCACCCCUCCACAGUCUCACAAUGGUCCGCCUGGCUAAGCCUGCCCGCUUUAACAUGUAUGUCCAGCCCAUCCCUCUGCCCAAACACUGCCCACAGCCUGGACAGACCUGCUAUGUCAGCGGCUGGGGCUCCACCAUCGCAAAUCAUUAUGGGUCUUCUCCACGGCUGAAUUGUAUAACGGUGCCUGUUGUGAAUGACUACAUUUGUAUGAACACUUUCCCCGAGUACGUGUAUUGGAGCCCGGGCAUGGUCUGCGCUGGUCAAGAAAACACAGAUAACUGCAUGAAUGAUGGCGGCAGUGUGAUGAUGUGUGAUGGCCAGCUGCAGGGUGUGCAGUGGUUCAGUCAUGGCUGCAGUAACCCAGCCCAUCCAAGUGUCUACACCAAGCUGUGCAUGUACAAUGACUGGAUCAACAGUGUGAUGGACAGUUACAAACCCAUUCUGCCAACUGCUACCACUCCAGAGAUGUCAAACGGAGUGUAAACGCUGCUCCUGACCAGGUGCAGUGUUAUGAAAACCAUACUAGAACCAAAUAUUUAGGGUUUGACCUCUAAAUCAAUUUAUGAACAUUUUGCAGCAGUUGUAUAUGCACAUCCUAUGCUCAGCUAAAAAGCAACAGGACAA